AUGCUUAUACUCUGUGCCAAUGUUGGCAGCACUUCAUUCAAAUACCAAAUCAUUGAUGUCCAAACAUCAGCGUCGCUAGUCGCAGGCGGCGUUGAGCGGGUCGGCAAUUCUCCAUCACCGUUCACACACGCCGUUCCCGGCAAACCAAGCGUAAAUGGCGAAAUCGACGCACCAAACCAUAAUGCUGCGAUUGUACACGCAAUAGAUCUGAUCACUGCUCCAGAAACAGGGGUAAUGGCGGAUCUCAGCGACCUCGUGGGGGUAGGCUUUAAGACCAUUCUCGCCAGAGGGAUUUGGCGUUCCGCGUUGAUAACAAACAAAGUAAUUGACGCUCUCGAAGCCGAUAUUCCAUUCGCCCCUACCCACAAUCCCGCUUACAUCGCCUCAAUCCGCGCCUUUCAGGAGCGACUUCCGAGCACACCAUUGGUCGCCGUUUUUGAGACAUGGUUCCACCAAACGAUGCCCGACUACGCCUCUGAAUUUGGCGUCCCGCGGGAGUGGGUUGAGAAGCAUCAUAUCCGUCGCUACGGCUUCCACGGUGCAUCACAUCGCUACAUCUCAGAGCGAGUCCCCCAACUGCUCGGUGAUCCACCGGCGAAUCUGCGGAUUAUUUCCUGUCAUCUUGGUGGGAGCUCAUCGUUGUGUGCUAUCCGCAACGGUCAGUCAAUUGAUACGACGAUGGGGGUUUCGCCGCAAUACGGUCCCAUCCAAUCGUCCCGAAGCGGCGAUCUGGACCCGUUUGCGGUGCUUUACUUGAUGGAUGCGGAGGGGUGGGAUACAGAAGAAAUUCGUCGCCAACUGAUCGAGGAAUCGGGGUUGCGAGGAAUCUCAGGCGUCAGCGGCGAUUUGCGCGAUGUCGAAGCAGCAGCAUGGAAGGCAACGAUAAUGCGCGACUAG